AUGACGGAUGAAGCAGGAUCGGUCCGGGUCAGAGUAAACACGGUAAGGCAGCAAAAACACAUUGUUGCCCUUCGUCCAGACGAACACAAACCACCAACUACGGAGAAAGAUGAAAUGUUGGACAUUGCGUCAACAUUCUAUCAGUCCCUUUACAAAUCGCCACUCAUCAGUAACUCACAUGUUAAAUGGAUGAAGCGUCAGAUCCCACAAACCCAAAAGCUCUCCCUGCCUCGGAAGGAUGCCAAAAAACUUGGCAAACCCCUUUCUCCAGACGAGCUUUACCUGGCGUUGCGAAAAUCACACAGACGAAAGACCCCGGGCCCUGACGGCCUCACGGUGGAAUUCUACCUGAAGUUCUGGAAGAAACUAAAGGGCUU